CGCGGGGCUCAGUCGGGGGGCGGCGGCGGCGGCGGCUCCGGGGAUGGCCGCGGCUCCGCUGCUGCUGCUGCUGCUGCUCGUGCCCGUGCCGCUGCUGCCGCUGCUUGCCCAGGGGCCCGGGGGGGCGCUGGGAAACCGGCAUGCGGUGUACUGGAACAGCUCCAACCAGCAGUGAGUCGGGGGCCCAGGGAGCCCACCUGCGGCGAGAGGGCUACACGGUGCAGGUGAAUGUGAACGAUUAUCUGGAUAUUUACUGCCCCCACUACAACAGCUCGGGGGUGGGCCCCGGGGCGGGGCCGGGCCCCGGGGGCGGGGCGGAGCAGUACGUGCUGUACAUGGUGAGCCGCGCCGGCUACCGCACCUGCAACGCCAGUCAAGGCUUCAAGCGCUGGGAGUGCAACCGCCCGCACGCCCCCCACAGCCCCAUCAAGUUCUCGGAGAAGUUCCAGCGCUACAGCGCCUUCUCGCUGGGCUACGAGUUCCACGCCGGCCACGAGUACUACUACAUCUCCACGCCCACCCACAGCCCGCACUGGAAGUGUCUGAGGAUGAAGGUGUUCGUCUGCUGCGCCCCCACAUCGCAUUCCGGGGAGAAGCCGGCCCCCACCCUCCCCCAGUUCACCAUGGGCCCCCAUGUGAAGAUCAACGUGCUGGAGGACUUUGAGAGAGAGGAUCCCCAGGUGCCCAAGCUUGAGAAGAGCAUCAGCGGGACCAGCCCCAAGCGGGAACGCCUGCCCCUGGCGGUGGGCAUCGCCUUCUUCCUCGUGACACUCUUGGCCUCCUAGCUCUACCCCUCCCUUGGCGGGGAGACAUGGGGCCGGGAAAGGGCAGGGAGACUUUGGUCUCUCCAAGAGAAGCCUAGCUGUGGGGCCCAGAGCCCUGCUCCGAUGGCUGGAAGCGGGGUCUGCGCCCAUCCCCUUUGCCCCCUCUCUCCCUCGUGGGGCGCUGUAGUGGGCCAGACACAGGGACGGCCACGGGUCCCAGGUGGCCUGUGGCUCUGGUACCUUUCUCUGACCCCGGUACCCUCCCCUGUUGUCACCACUGGAGACAGAUAUGCCCCAGAGAGAGCAGAUCCAAGCGUGGGAGGCACCCCCUCGUUCACUUCUAGGGGUGGAACACAGGGAGGGGACUCGGUGGGCGAGGGGGUGGCCCACGGCCCCCCUCCCCUGUUUACAGCAAUAAGCACGGCCUCCUCCUCCCGCUCCCGCUCCCAGGACUGUGGUUUGGAUCGAAUCCAAGUUUACAAGUAGACACCCCUGGGGGGCGGGCGGUGGACGAGGGUGACGAGGGUGACAAGGGGUGGGCACUGGGUUGCCAGCAGGCAUGUACAGACUCUAUAUCACUAUAUAUAAUGUACAGACGGACAGACUUCCUCCCCCUCCUCAGCUCCCCGACCUUCCUUGACGUCCCCUUCCAGCUUCAGACCCCUCCCCCCAGGUUAGGCCCCCCCCCACUGGGGGACCCCCUGGCCCCUCUCGUGUCUUCUGUGAAGACAAGACCUAUGCAACGCACAGACACUUUUGGAGACCGUGAGACAACAAUGCCCCCUCUCCUCCAGCCCUGAGCCGGGACCCAGAUCCCACGACCUUGCCCUGCCUACCCCUGGCGGCCCCACCCCUCCUCCCGGGCCUUUUUCAAGUGCUUUGGCUGUGACUUUCAUACUCUGCUCUUAGUCUAAAAAAAUAAACUGGAGAUAAAAAUAACUAAGUGUG